AUGAAAGCCUUGAAGGAUAUUGAUGAGAGACGUAUCUCUCUUGGUCAGCUUGCUGGACAGCUUUCGGGAUUUAUUGGCGGUGGAAAUGAAGUCAAAAAUGCUCUUGUAAAGGGUUUGCAGAGUAAUGUAAAUGAGCUUAUUAAGCGUUUACAAACAUCUUGCGGAGAUGAGGGGUGUUGUAAGUAUGUUGAAAAAAACCAGCUUAAUGAAGUCAAUGAUAAACUUAAAAAACACCUUAAAGAUGAUCAAAAUCCCUCUGUAAAUCUUGCCGACAUCCUUACUAAGUGCAAGUUAAAUCCAUCUGAUGGUCCCUUAAAUAAGCUUAAUGAUGAAAUUCCUAAAAAAAUUCAGGGGCUUGAAAAUGAAAUUGAAAGCCUUAAUAACGCUGAUAAAGAGCGUAUAAAACGUAAUGAAACUCCUCAAAAUGCCUCUGAAAUUGCAAAGCUUAAUAAGGAUCUUCAGUCUCAUCAGGCAUCCAUGAAGUCUCUUGAGACACUGAAUGGGCUCUGUGAUUUUGCUAAGGAAGUUGAUAAAAAAUCUGAAAAUCCUAAAAAUCUUUUAAAUAACCUUUCUGAAGGCCUCGAAAAAUUUCUCGGCUACGAGAAUGGUAAUUACACCGGAGAAGGAAUUGUGUACUCGGACCUCGACAGGCUCUGCGACGGGGUGAUGGCGUUCUUGCAUGGUGUUCUCCAGACUGUGAAGGAGGAUGAUAACGUUACAACGUAUGAUACUAAACAAAAUGACAUUAAUAAUGUUCUUCGUGAUUUAUAUAAUAAUGUAGGUAAAGGCCGUGAGGCCUUCGGGAACGCCGUGCAUCAGGUGGGGGAAAAAAUCAAGAAUGUUACGACGCCGAUAAAUAAUCUUUUGACAGGCGAUGAUGGCAAUGGUUUCAAGAAAAUUCCGUCGUUGAUUGAAGACAUUCAAGGGAUGCAAGGCAAGGAGUAUGACGACAAAAAAGGUCUACCCGAGAUAAUCAAGAAAUCUUCGGAUGCACUUAGCCACUUAGAUAAAACUCUCAAAACUAAUUUAGAACCUCACGUAAAUUUAGUUAACCAGGCGGUGACAGAUUUUGCCACGGCAGCCGACCUGAACUAUAAGGGAUUGCUGUACGUGGGCUACGACGUAAAUUCUCAGCUUGAGGAUCUCAGAAGGGAGGUUAACCGAGAAGCCACAAAGGCGCAAAACGCAUGUAUAGAGGCAUUGCGUAAUAAGUUUGCUGACGAUAUACAAACGCCGUUAAUUAACGUAAAUUUGGCGUUGGAAAGUGCUUACCAGCAGUUGGAAGAAUGGAUUCGAGAUGCGGGAAAGUUCCUUGGCACAGAGAUUGGAAGAGUGAAAAACGAAGUUUAUAACAAGAUGUAUGUUGAUCAAAAUGAUACCACAUUGAAGACUCACAUUACGGCAAUUGGUGCUGCAGAGAAGGACAUUACAAGAAUACACGGAACACUAAGCGACGAGGUUAUCAGCCUCGGCAAUUGGCAAGAAACGGCCAAGCUUGUUGUUCAGAAAGCAUCAUUCAAGUGUCUCGAUAUAUUGGAUAUGGUAAAGGACGGCAGUCCACAUAAUAAAAUCAAACAGCAAGCUGAAGCUUUGCAGAAGAAGGCUGAAAGCCUUAUAGAGGCGGUGCAGAUGGCAAAGGAGGCGGUUACAAAGCAAGUUGAAGCGGCGCAGAAGGCUGUGAAUAAUCUGAAUAAUGGCCUCAAGGGGGAUAUGGAGAUAAUGAGGGAAGGAAUGACAAAGCUCAUCCGACAAUAUUUUGAGAAGCUUUUUUCUUUUGCUCUAGCUGCCAAAAAAAGCGGAACAAAGGAAUUAAAACUAGAUUGGUUGGAUAAGAGAAUAGACUUUGCAACGAAUAUGAAAAAAUGGCUAGCAACGUAUGCUGGUGCAGAUGAUCAGGGCAAAAUUUCUACCCCCAAUCUUGCAAAGAUAAAAGUAGCACUUGAUGGACUUACUAGUAAACCAAAAAUUAAGGAUGCUGAGAUAUCCGGUUACAUUGCUAUAAGCGAAGAUAUGGAGAGUUAUGUCAAGAGGUAUUUGCCUAAUGGCAGCUCGAAUCAAAUCUCUCUGACCAACUUCCCGGAAUAUUCCAUGCAUAUUGAUCAGAACGGUGGUAAAGAAGGUGCACUUCAAAAGGCAAUUGAUGAUGUUACAGCUACGGGUUUGAAAACGCUUGAGCCAACUGAUGCAAUUCCGCAGCCUACUGCUUUCUCAGUUCCAUUGGAUAUCGUUACAAAACAGCUCGAGGAACUUACCAAAUUAGUUAAUGAAACAAAUGAUUGCUCAAGCGCGGUGGACGGUACUCACGUGAACAAGAAAGGCGUUAAAACCCUUCUGAAAGAGCUGACCAAUGCCCUUAGUGAAAAAGGCGAAUUAGCAUGGACUAAGGCAACUAAAGGCCUUAAGAAAAUCCACAGUGGCCUUAACACAAAAAACAAUGAGUUACUCACUAACACCAAAUCAAUCACAUCAGCUACCCAAGGCAUUACUGCGGAACUCAAAAGGCUUCAAGCUGUAUUGGAAAACGGUUCAGAUGGCAUCAUUGACAAGUUAAAGGACUUGCAAAACAGCGGUAUCUUCGCCGAUAAAGAAUGGAAUGGUGUCAAGAGCCUUAAAAAAGUAUCCAUUGAACUUCAACAAAUACUUAUUGGACCCAACGACACCGAUGACAAAAACAACCUUGAGGCCAUUAUCGGCGCCAGUAUGACAUUCAUUCCUCUAAUGGACACCAAGGUAAAAGCCUGUAUUGCCGCCAUCACCUCCAAACUUGCCGAACAAGUCAAAUUAAAAAUCGCCGCCAUCCAAAAAACGGUACUCACCAAAUUCGCUGAAACCAAAGAAAAGGAGUUAAAUGCAUUAAAGAAUUUAGUCUCCACCAAACUCGAUGACAUCACUGACCUUAUAUCCCUGGACAGCAUGACAGGCAUAAAGGGAUUAAUGAAUGUCUUGCAGACUCAGCAUCAGAAGAUUUAUCAGAUUCCUGUUAUAAGUGAAUUUAAUAACGUAACAGAAAAUAUAAGAGAUUACUUGAAUAAAAUCCUUCUCUACACCUCCUCCCAGUCCCACUCCCCCCAAGUCGGCCACCUCAAACAGCAACUGGACAACCUACUCAGCCACCUAAAAGAUACUAAUUCACCUUAUUCCUUUAAUCCACUUAACGCACGAAUCUCUCAUUUCGAUCACAUUUUUCUAAAUGAAUUAGACGGCGUUAUUAGCGCACAUAAUGACCUAACACCCAAGAAGUUUGAGAACAUCCACAACCCGCUGCUCCUCGACGCCCUCAGGCGCGGCAUGACCAAAUUCACCGAGCAACUCGGACACACGUACGUGAAUAAAUACAGUGGGAAAACGUUUGGUUCACUGUUAGAAAAGAAGCUUAAUCCCGACACCCAAAAACCCGUUGACGUCCUCUCCACCGAGGGCCGCAACUGCGCCAAGGUCUGCCUGACCAUACUGGAGAGGGUGAGUGAGGACUUGAUGAAAUUAAAAGAGAGAUGCAAAUAUGAAUGGCAUUCGAAAGAAAUCCACCGCAUUAGCGGACUUGGCGCUUUUUUGAAAGAUUGUGGUUAUAUUGUGUCUAAUAGGGAUAAGCAGGACGGUGAGCUGAGGCGUCAUGAAAAUAUGACGGGCAAUCAUAUACUUCAGAAACUUACUGCUACACUUGCGAACAUCGGUGAAAUUAAUAAGCACCUGAAGGAGUGUGAGUCAAACAAAAAGAAUGGCACCGAUACGCAGCCACAAAAUGAUGAUGUCAAAGUCUUUGCCAUCCUUUCGUGCCUCAUCACUCACUUCAGUGAAUACAAUAAAGUCGGCCACAUUGCCACUUUCUCUGCUAAAAGAACACCAUGCUCCGUCUAUGAGAUGCUCUCCUGGUGCUGCGGUCUCGAGUAUAACAGUGCUUACUCAAAGAUGCAGCAGCAUUGUAAGACGUUGCAUCAGGCGCUAGAAAAGGAAGAAAAAGAAAAUGAGAAAAUGAAAGAUGUCAAUGCGUAUUUGAAAACUAUAUUGUCCAAAGUAGCAAAGCAUGGCUUGCCGUAUCUAUCUAGCAAUUCACGUAACUUGCUAACCGCUAUCGCCGGCCACGGUGAUGCAGAGACAUUUUACGGCUGUGAGUUCUCCAACAAUUCCCUUUCGCUCAAAUACCCUGGCAGUGGAGCGGAGUGUCUUGACAUGCUUCUCGAUAUUCUCCGUCGUUCGUUCCUGCCACUUAGAUUCCUGGACGCUCAGUGUAGUCUAUCAAACAAGCAUUAUGGCUGGGCCAAUUGCCAAUAUGGCAAGGACAUCGCUCCAGUCAACUGGCCAUGCAAGGACCAUUCAACCAACAAACCAAAUGGACAGUCAGCGUCUAAACCAACUUGCCAGGCAAAUGACCAACCAAAUGGUCAACCAAACUGCCGACCAACUUCACCUUUAAUGUCCUACUUAAAUGACUGCUUACCAGGGCACUUGCCUCAUCAGUUAAUCGAUGCCGGUUGUAAGUCAUCGUGUUACACCUGUAAGACAGCUGCACGUGGCGUGCCUUGUCUCACGCCUCUCGGCUUCAGAGGUUUCUCUGGAAGUACGCGCCUGGGCAAAGAGCUAUGUAUCGUGCUGACCAAAUUGCUCGAUGACGCUGACCUCAGAUCCCUAUUCUGCCUUAAACCGAAAACGCCGGCUUCGCUCCCAGAGCACUUCGGUUUUGUGUUAUCGCUUGUUAAGGAUUGGCGACUAGGUAUUUUACCAGGCAAGAAUGGUUCGCAGUCAAGUUUCGAAACAUCAAUAGAGCGCACGUCUAUUCACCUUUAUGAACACCCCAAUAAACUUACCGAUGCGCUUCGUAAUGCCUACGGUAGCAGCUUAAGCAGCCACGAACCGAAGAAGCAUCUUCCCGCUCACGACGAUUUAUCAAGCCUUUCUAUGACAGAGUCAUGCACUGAUCCUACUAUAAAAACACUAUGCGCCCCCUACCUUUCAUCGUUAUCCUGCGACUCCAAUUAUUACCUGGCACAGAAACAUUCUAACACAUACCUCUCAUGGGCCAUUUACCUCCCAUGGACGUUCUGGGAUUUACUCAACAAUCUCUAUAACGCUUUCUGUGAAAUCACUUGUGCAGAUUGGGGAUGCCGUGGAUGUCUCAGAGGAGACAAGUGCAAGAGUGGCAAGCAUGGUGUCGUUGAGGAUGAGAAGAAACAAGAUGACGUUUGCCAGUGUGAUUCCAUAGUCCAGUGUAAAGGAGUAUCAUCCACAUUCUACCAGUAUGGAUUCAGCUUCGGCGAGGCGUCGACGUUGAAUAGUGGUAGCACAGCGAAGAAGUGUAAGGAUUUCUGCAGUCAGUUACAUAAGAUGGCCAUUUAUGCUAACGUUGUUAUCCCUCUGGUCGCUGUCGCUCCUGUACCUGCUGCACAUCGCCGUCGUCCGCCUCGACGUCCUGAGGAUACGCUCCCACCUGCGCUCGCCCUCAAGCCACCGGAUCGCCGCGCAGUCCCUCCUCGCCGCCGCACGCGUAAAGGCGCUCGCCAGCGUCAAGUACUUCUCACCAUAAUCGUGCCUUCACGUGUGAUCUGUGUAUCACCCACUCAACCACCCACUCAACCACUCACCCACCCACUCAACCACCCACUCACCUAA